UGGAGGGAUCGGAGGAGGGGAGAGGCCGGCAGGCGCGCCCGGGACGCGGCGGCUGCGCCCCUGGGCGCUGCGCAUGGCGGUCCGAGGGGCGCUGGGCUCCGCACGGUGCUAGGGCUCCGGUGGGGCCGCAGUCGGACUCUGUCUCCACCCGCGCGUGCACCUCCGGGAGUAUGAUCCGAAUCCCCGGCGAGAGUGUAUCGGCGUCUUUGGGAACGUCUGAGUAUCAGCGGAACCAGACUGGUAAGCUGCCUCUGGCCCUCCGGAUGUAGUUUGCCUAUCCCUGUCCUGAAGUUUUAGAGGGCGAUGGCCACAGCCCUGGGACGCUGGAACGGCACGGCCAAUAACUCUUGGGAAGGGGCUGAGCUGGGCUACAAGUGCCGUUUCAAUGAGGAAUUCAAGUACGUGCUGCUGCCCGUGUCCUAUGGCGUGGUGUGUGUGCUGGGGCUGUGUCUGAACGCCGCGGCUCUCUACAUCUUCCUCUGCCGCCUCAAGACCUGGAACGCGUCCACCACGUACAUGUUCCACCUGGCCGUGUGCGAUGCGCUCUACGCCGCCUCCCUGCCACUGCUGGUCUACUACUACGCGCGCGGCGACCACUGGCCCUUCAGCACGGUGCUGUGCAAGCUCGUGCGCUUCCUCUUCUACACCAACCUGUACUGCAGCAUCCUCUUCCUCACGUGCAUCAGCCUGCACCGCUGCCUGGGGGUCCUGCGGCCGCUGCGCUCGCUGCGCUGGGGCCACGCGCGCUACGCCCGCCGAGUGGCGGCCGCCGUGUGGGUGCUGGUGCUGGCCUGCCAGUCCCCCGUGCUCUACUUCGUCACCACCAGCGCGCGCGGGGGCCGCAUCACCUGCCACGAUACGUCCGCGCCCGAGCUCUUCGGCCAGUUCGUGGCCUACAGCUCCGUGAUGCUGGGGCUGCUCUUCGCCAUGCCCUUCGCCACCAUCCUGGUGUGCUACGUGCUCAUGGCUCGGCGGCUGCUGAAGCCGGCCUACGGGACGUCGGGAGGCCUGCCGCGGGCCAAGCGCAAGUCGGUGCGCACCAUCGCGGUGGUGCUGGCCGUCUUUGCGCUCUGCUUCCUGCCCUUCCACGUCACACGCACUCUCUACUACUCCUUCCGCUCGCUGGACCUCAGCUGCCACACUCUCAAUGCGGUCAACAUGGCCUACAAGAUCACUCGGCCGCUUGCCAGUGCCAACAGUUGCCUGGACCCUGUGCUCUACUUCCUGGCCGGGCAGAGGCUCGUGCGCUUUGCCCGAGAUGCCAAGCCGCCCACCAACCCCACUCCGGUGGCCCCAGCUCGCCGCAGAGUGGGCCUGCGCAGGUCGGACAGGACUGACAUCAAGAGGACCAGAGAGGUAUCGACCACCAGUGAGGACUCUAGGCGGACAGAGUCGACACCAGCUGGUGGUGAGAACACUAAGGACAUCCGGCUGUAGGACCUGAGCCCCUCAGGCCUGUGCAAGUUCAUAUGGGGGCUGGGGCUAUCGGGACUAGGACUUCUGCAGAUGGGAUAUUCUCCCUAGAUAGGGCCCAUUAGUGACUCAUGCCUGAUGGUCAAGGGAGUCGUGACCUCAGUGCUCUGUCAUUUGGCAGGGGCUCAGCAUGCUGUCUGUGGCCCAGAGAUCUCAACAGUCCCUAGGAUGCCUGUCACAAUUUGUGUGUGUGAGUUGGGGAAUAAGGCUUCAAGAAAGGCAAGGGUAAGGCCCCUGGCCUGGCUCGCACACGAUAGCUGGCGGCGCCUGCCAGGUCAGGUCAAGGCUUGAUCAAAGCCUGAUCAAGUCAAAUGGAGAACCGGGCCCAGAGGGGAAAGCGACUUACCAAGGUCACAGUCUGGGCCUGAGCCACCUGGGAGGGGCAUGGUUACAGGCUGACCAAAGGACCCUGGUAAGGUGCUAGCACUGAGCCAGAGCUUCCUGCAGAGGGGUCUAGGGCAGGUCUGGAUGGUUCUUUCCUCUGAGGAGGAGCCCCAUCCUUAGUGAUGAAUGGAAACAUCAGGGAACUGAUGUCAGAAACACAGCUGGAGGCACCCCUGGGCUGGGAGCCAGUUUGAGGCUGUAACUUGUACUGAUGUGGUUGUUACCUACUGUGUUGUGCCCUGUUGUGUGGUUUGAGGAUGACGGUACAGCCGAAGAAGCUCUCACCAGCCACAUUGGGGUCCUUUCUCCAGCCUGUACUCCUCUGCCACCUGUCCUCCCAUUAGCUGCCUCAGCAGGCAGGAGUCAGGUGGGGUCCUGUCCUUGGGAUCCCCCCACUUUAGGGCUCAAUGGCUAUGACCAGUCAUGUGCUGGUAAAUGCUAAACCAUCUAACUGGUUCUCCAGGGGGGUGAGGGGAACCCUUUAUUUGUAGCCUUGCCAACAGCAGUGGUGCAGAUACUCCUGCCUUGGCCAGUUUCAGACUACUAAUGUGACAUCAACCUCCUUUCACAGUUCCUGAGAAUGUAACACUUGGCUCUUGCAAGCAGAGCCAAGAGGCUCCAGCACACCACCGAUAACGCUGUGUGGUUGGGGCUGUGGACCACUGGGUCAGAGAGGCUGCCUGGAGUGGGGGACACUCUUGGGCUGUAGCUUCUGAGAAAAGCAGUUCAUCAGAGAAGAACAUCCAGGUGCAGGGUGCAUCUUGGGCAAAGACAUGGGGACAGGAAAGCAGGGUAUGCAGGAACUGGAAGCAGGCCGGGCAGUCGGUGCCCAGGCUCACAGCAGGAAUGAGGCUGGGGUUGGAUCACCAGGAUAGCAAGACAGGGCUCCCUCCUUGCCUUUCCCUGAGGUUUCCUUCGCAUAGGCACUAAGUUCGGGAGAGAUUCAUUUCUCUUCCUGUCCAUUCCUCUGUCUCUUGGGAAAAUCCAGCUAUGUGGCAUAAUAGUUCGUGCUUAGCCUGGGUCAGGGCUUAGGUUGAAGGAGAUCUUUCUCACCUGUGACAGAUUCUGGGUCCACCCGGCAUGACUGUGGAGAUUUGUAGAACUCAGAUGAACAGGGCCCAGCUCAGCUUUAGGACAGGGGUAGGGCAAAGCUGA